CGAUUAAGGAAAUGGGAUUAGUUGAAGAGGUCAAGGAAUUGAUUAGAGUUUUCACUAAUCACCUUAAUAAACUGGCUGACAAAGUGUCUCAAUACCAGGACAUUCCUUCUACUGAAUCAGAGAGAAUGCUGGAAAAACUGUCUGGUGAUAUCAAAAAUGAAGUAGGACAAAAUACCCCUCCUCCAAUACCCGCUGACCAAAAUUUUGAUGGAGUUUUAUCUUCAAUUGGAGAAAUUUUUAAGGCAAUAGGCGACAGUAACAAGUCGGAACUUUUUGCAGAUGUAGAUGGAGCAUUAAGUAAUGAGCAAAGUAAAGGCGAUAAACAAUACUUUCGUACUGAUCUUCCUUCUCUUCAAGUGGGCGACAAAGUUGAGGUUGCCACUAAAAACUUUCGUCAGAGCGAAAAAGAAAAAAAUGAUUCAGUUUUAAAACCCCGCCUUGCUCACUUUAAAGGAACCGUAAUUGCCCAAAGAAACCAAAACCAAAUUAGUUACACUUUUUCGGUGUUAAAAGACAGUAAAGGAAGGGAUAAAUUAGCAAUUAGGAGUACUUUUUCUUAUCAUUCUCCAUUUAUAGUGAGUGUCAAAAAAACUGGUAAAAUUAUGCGUAAAGUUUGCCGAGCUAAGUUAAAUUACUUAGAAAAGGAGUUAGCUGAAAAGAAGGAUAAUGAAUAA